AUGUCUCGACACCGUUCGGAUUCAGAUGCCACAAUACGUGCUGGUAGUUCGCAGAGUACACCAAUACCUCCAGAGAAAUGUCGCAAAAUCCUUGAGGAGCUCUCAAAACUCUCAGCCCAGAUAGACCGUGCUUCCAAAAACAUGUCUGAAUCGUUCGACCAAGUGCUCGAUGUGUUUAAAGGAGGCGCGGCCGCGAGAGACAAUCGGCUGGCCAUUUCGAGAUCUGCUCGGAUCCAGAAUGAUGAUACAAAGAGAUUAAAUCGAGAGCGGGUGCUCAAAGAUCCAUCGUUGCCCCUUUUGCCCCUGGUCGAUAUCAGGACAGGAAAAGAAAUCACAUCCUUCCCUCAUGACUUAAAGGCUCUAAAUGAGCUCGACGGCAAGACGAGAAAUGCUUAG